GGUGAGAGAGACAGAGAGAGAGAGAGAGAGAGAAAACAAAACAAUUCAAUUUCCACGCUUUCAAAACGAUGGAAGGGCCGAAGGAAAACACCCGCACGGUGCUGGAACUUUUCAGCGGGAUCGGUGGAAUGCGGAUGGCAUUGGAGUACGCUGGCAAACCGUUCACCAUCGCAUCCGCAAUCGACGUGAAUCCUAUCGCAAACUCGGUUUACAGCCACAACUUUGGCGACAAAACGGUCCGCAAUGGCAACAUACUGAGCCUCAGUGGAGAGAAAAUUACCAAACUAAAGGUGGACACAAUACUGAUGUCUCCACCGUGCCAACCGUUCACGAGGAAUGGAAAAUUCAACGACAUCAACGAUCGACGUACCGAUCCGUUUCGGCACAUUUGCGAUCUGCUCGACAAGAUACCGCUGGUGAACUUUAUACUGAUGGAAAAUGUGAAAGGAUUUGAAAAAUCACAAGCAUGUGAAAUGUACAAAACACGCCUGGAGCAGGCCGGCUUUCACUGGCAAGAGUACAUUCUAUCACCGCAUCAGUUCGGUGUGCCCAACACUAGACACCGGUACUAUUGCAUCGCGAAACGAAAAGGAAUGGAUUUUAAAUGGAAAAGUGAAGAAAUAAUCGUCCAACCGGAAGAUCGUCACAAAACCAAGCAAGCUAGUAUAGGAACGAUGGUGGAAAAGGACCAGGAACAACUGGAACCGUAUGCCUUGAAAAGCGCAGCACUGCUUAAGCACCUUCCCCUGAUGGACGUUUGCACGCCGGAAUCAACCAACUCCAUGUGCUUCACGAAAGCGUAUACACACUACGCGGAAGGUACCGGUUCCGUGUACUGUCCACUAGCGAAACAAGAUUUCGACAACAUUUACUCCCUUGCGAUGAAUGCCGCCGACGAGGAUCGGAAGAUAGCACUUCUGCAGGAACUGGGCGUGCGUUACUUCACCCCCAAGGAGGUGGCUCGUUUGAUGAGCUUUCCCGAGCAGUUUAGCUUCCCGGGAACAGUGACAAACAAGCAACGCUAUCGUGUGUUGGGCAACAGCAUUAACGUACUUGUGGUCGGCACAUUAUUGCAGGAGUUGUAAAUAAAGCAAAACGUUCGAUGCUUUUA